CCUGCUGGUUUUGUUUUGGGUUCGGCCACAUAAAUUGUGAACCGUCAUUUUUCACUUUUUUUGUCGGGCAUCAUCUCGCGAGACUAGAUACAUUACCGGUAGAUCGACCAUGACGAGUUUGUUGAACGGCGGCGGCGGCGACAAGACCUUUGAGGUCCCCGUUGGACUCAAGGAUCGCCUCGUUCGUGAUGGUAAAAUGACACCUGACGUGGCGGAAAAGGCAAUCACUGCCUACAAACAGUUCAUCUUUUUGAAGCAGCGCACGAAGGAUUGGGAUGCAACGAUCGUGUCACCUUCGGGUUCGGUCGACAUUGUGUGGCACGAGCACAUCCUCGAUGUCAAACAUUACGUCAAGGCGUGUAAUGAGUAUUGUGGGCGCUUGAUUGGGCACAAUCCCGAUGGCGGGUUGAACGUAGCUGCACGUGGCGAUCGAGUCAAACACACGAAGCUCUUGUUGCAGGCAAUCUUUGGAGACGAUCACGACACAGCAGUCUGGUCUUUUGGUGACGAGGAAGAUGCGGCUCCUCGUGACAAGAAGAAACGUCGAACUGACCAACACGAAGUGGUGGAUUUGGUAGACUUUUUCGAUGACACGGAAAAGGUCAAUGCUGGGCCUCGAGCAACAGAAAUUUUUUUGACGGUUGAAUCGUUUUUUGAUCAUCGGAAACGUAGGGACCCGUACCGGGAGCAGCUAGUAGUCUGCAUUCGAGAGGAUCAGCCGUUUGAGGUGUUGACGAGUAGAGGUGGGCCUUUCAGACGAUCUCCUUCGGAGAAGUUUAGUUUGAGGUUUGACGGCGAACGGCUGGAUUGGGCGAGCACCCCGAGUGCUGAAGGAAUGAAAGACGGGGACACUGUCACCGUCUUUGUUACCCGCAAGAAAAUUUUGGCAACCCGCAAGCGUAUUUUGGCAACCAAAGGCGAUUGACGUGAAAACGAGCAGCCGCUCUACGUCGAGAUGUAAGAUUGAGAGGCGCUUGUCUCGGUUGGCUGCCAAGGCCAUCAUACCACAAGCAAGCAAGUACAUAUAAUCCUGCCUGGUAGAUUAUUAUAAAGCAACAAGCCAAUGAAGAAUAGAAUCUGCUCUACACGUGCAGUAGUCGUAGUCGUACCGG